CAAGGGACUACUUCCGGGUUGGGGAAAUGGUACUGAUCAGAUUGUAAACAUCUUGUGAUGGAUUCGCCUCUAAAUUUGGCUCACCAGCAGGGUCGGCGAGCAGAUACCCUUGUGCGGAGUGGGAAGUUUGAUGAUGCAGUUGACUGCCACAAGAGAGCAGCAGAGUACCUUCUUGAGGCGAUGCAGUUGACAAGUUCGGAACAUGCUCUGGAGUCCCUUCGGCUGCAGCACAAACACCAUCUACAUCAGCAGGAGCUCAUCCUUGAAAACCGUGUAAGGAUUGAACGUGCUCACAAUGCUCAAAAAAGCUCAGAGAACAGGACCAAUCAGAGCUGUCAAACAGACGACCUUGACACAAUUGAUGGCGACCUUGACCCAAAUCAUUUCAGCGAGGCAAGUUUGUACCGUACAAUGACUCACACAGACACACUAUUAGCAUUCCUAAAUCAACGUAAAGACUCUCAGGAACCCAGCUCACCAAAGACAUCAGCUCCACGAGUGACCUUCGUUAAAAACCCAAAUGACGAAAAUACUGUCAUACAGGAACUCCAAACUCACAAUGAGCAACUCCAGAAGCAUGUGAAGCUCCUGCUCAGAGACUUGGACUCUGUCAGGAGAGAAAAUGAACAACUGCAGACACAACUCAGGGAGAAGGAAACAUUGAAACAUGUGAUGUCAGAACCAGUGUUCAGCCCAGACCAUUUCACUCCGUUUGACCUUCCCCCUCUUGAAAUGCCGACCUUGAACUUGGAUAUGCUUCAAGAGGGGUUACAAUCAGAUGAUGCACUUACUGAGAAAUAGACUCCUUUGUGAAACGGCAGCAGUGAUGUAUUUUAAGAUUGCCUCUUUGUUGUCUUGGGUGUGAUAAUAUUGUUCAUUCAUGUUCAAAUUUCAAAUUGUUUGAGAUGUUAUUUUAUUGGUAGAAUAAGGAUAUGUACUCUCUGACUUCUUUUUCAAAUUAGAAGUUGAAACUUGAAGAUGUCUCCUGUAAAUAUUAACAUAUUUUUAGAAAAAUAAUAUUUUUUAAUUUUAGUUUAUUUUAAGUGAAUACAAUCAGCAACUUGAACAUGAGUAUUGGAUGUAAUAGCAUGGGUAGUCAUUGUUGUCAAUAGUAUCUUGUGAUGGUGAUAAAACUAUUCAACUUCAUCAUGAUGUCAUAUCAAGAUAGCAAGAGUGAGCAGGUUUAGUUUUACGCCGCUUUUAGCAAUUUUCCAGCAAUAUCAUGGCAGGGGACACCAGAAAUGGGCUUCACACAUUGUACCCAUGUGGGGAAUCAGACCCGGGUCUUGGGCGUGAUGAUCGAAUCACUUUCACCACUGGGCUACCCCAACGCCCCAGGAUUGUAAGAAUAUAUAUGUACUGGAAUAUACAAGUUUGUUUAAGAAAGAGCUAUUUAUUUUGAUUGUUAGUUCUACACAUGGCUUAAUCUGGUGUCAAGUUUGAAUCUCAUAUUUGUGGUUCCUGGCUCUUGUUAUAUGCUCAAUUUCAUGUUAUUAUUUCAGUUUUACAUGUUUAAAGGAAACAGUUUGUCAUCCUGGUACUUUGUGCAAUAGUGCUGCACAAUACCUAGUGGACUUUGCAGAUCAACCCAAAACUGACGGGUAGAACUAAAUGAAGAUAAGGCCAAGCUGUAUCUGCUGAUACAGAACUUCCACAGACAGAACAUGAUACUGCUGAUAAUAUAUAUCGUCGGAGGUAGUUCCAGCUUCUUAAACUGUGGGAAUUCCAGAUAAGAAUAAUCCCCAGAAACCAUCUUACAAGGCGAGCUACUUGAGUGGCAGGCUUAGUGGCUUGGUUGAACGCAUGUCAUCAGACCUCGGUGACCGGUGUCAAUGCUCACAAUAUCGACCACUGGUUUGUUAUGUUUCAACCACGAUCUGGGUUAUUGACUGUUAGUAACAUGUGGAUAAUACUGCUUCUCUGACAGUGAGUUGAAUUAUAAGUUGGAUUUGUUUGUUUGUUUGUUUGACACAACACUGAGCAAUGUUCCAGCUGAGUAAAUGUGGUCUGUAAAUAAUCAUGUCGGGGCCGGGGAGUAUAGCGUUGACAUCACAAGCAUCAACCUACACAUACAAUGAGAUGCUUCAACCAAGUCAGGGAGCCUGAGCACCAGAUCCUAUUAUUCACCUUUCAUGGGUUGUUAAC